AUGAACGCAUUUAACAGUGGUGGUUCUUCGCCAAUCCACACUGCCCCUACUCAAAUCUCUAUUAUGGAUGUCUUCUUCACCGGCAUCACUGCAUCUAUGCAACAGCUCCUGACUGGCAACCUGAACAGCUAUGCUCACCUGAUGUGCAUGUGCGGGAUGUUCCUCUUUCUGGGUAGAUAUGCAUACCGCUACCUGACAGAAUUGGUGGAGGCCUAUUUCACUUCGACCGUCCACGUCUCCUACUACAAUGAAGCGUACGAUAUGCUUAUCGCCUGGGUAUCCACCCAGCCCUUCGCCCAUAAGGCUCGGUCCUUUCUCGUCAGCAUCGACGGCAUGCAAAGAAGAGCAUAUGCUGAUGAUCUCUCAAAAGAGUACAAGAAGAAACCAUUGCGUUUUUCACCUUGGAAUGGAUCAUUCUUCUUCGUGUACAAGAACCAUCUGCUCCGGUUCCAGUGCGUGGCAAAAGAGACCAAGGAAGAGAUCUCCAUUUCCUGCAUCGGCGGAUCUUCGCAAAUCCUGAGAGCACUUCUUAGCGAUUGCCGAGCCGAGUAUCUAAAACUUAUUCAGAGAAAGACUACAGUCUUUGAGCAUCAUGUUGGUGAAUGGAGGAAGGCGAAGGCAAGAGACAUCAGACCAAUUUCAACAGUCAUCAUGGAUGAGGACGAGAAAAUGGCCGUGUUGAAAGAUAUCGAGGAUUUCCUGGACGAUCGGGCUCGGGGCUGGUAUGCAAGGCGUGGGAUACCCUAUCGAAGAGGGUUCCUGCUGUAUGGGCCUCCUGGAACCGGGAAGUCCAGUUUCAGCUUAUCUGUCGCCGGGCGUUUUGAGCUAGAUAUCUAUGUACUCAAUCUUUCAAGCAUCGACGACAACCGCCUGAGCAGCUUGUUUGCCCAGCUUCCCCCGCAUUGUGUCAUUCUCUUAGAAGAUAUCGAUGCUGCUAGUACAGCAAGAACGGAAGACAGUGAAACGACGGAAAACACUGACCAGGCCGCGGUAGGCCCUUCACAGAAGAGCAAGUCUCAGGGAAAUGUAUCUCUGUCCGCGCUUCUUAAUGCCCUGGAUGGCGUGUCUUCGCAGGAAGGUCGAUUGCUGAUUAUGACAACAAAUCACAUUGAGCGUUUGGAUGACGCACUCAUCCGCCCUGGCCGCGUGGAUCGAAAAGUUUUGUUUCAGCUCGCUGAUAAGAAAAUGAGUUCUUGUCUUUUCUGUACAGUUUUCAAGCGGUCAGAUGGGGAUCAGCGCACUACAGGAAAGGAGUUCAAUGAUGAAACAAUUGAGCGACUUGCAGGUGAGUUUGCCGCCAAAGUUCCGGACCAGGUAUUCAGCCCAGCUGAGAUCCUGCUAUCGUUCCUGCUUGAACGCAGGCAGUCGCCUACCGACGCAGUGGCUGAUGUGGAGGAUUGGGUUGCUAAAGCCGGCAAGGAAAGGGGAAAGGUGAAUAAUUAUGCCAGGGAACGCGCAAUUCUCAACCCCACAGACUCUUUUGAGGAUAUUGUAGAGUGCACCCAGGCGCAAAAUGCCUGA